AGCAAAGUUUACUUGAGAUGAUUGUCAAGCGAUACACUCAACAAUCCCCUCAAGUAAACCUUGCUGCCAAUAGCCAAAAACAUUAUUUUGGUACAUAAUGCAUCACAAAUCCUUUCAAGAUAACUGCUAAUUAUUUGGUUUUGAACUGCAAAUGCAAGAUGCACUUUCAUUUUGGAUAAGUAAAAAAUGGAUUAAAAUAAUCUUAGAAUUGGCAUAAAAUGGAAUUUAAUAGAAAUAAUAAAAUUUACUUAAUUGCAUAAUUUUUAUCUUACAGAAUUCAUUGUUUUAGAGAACUUGACUUACAAUUAUACCUAUCCCUGUAUACUGGAUUUAAAAAUGGGUACAAGACAAUUUGGAGAUGAUGCUUCUUUAGUGAAACGACAAACACAUGAAGCCAAAGUAGCAUCUACUACAUCAAAAGCUUUGGGUAUAAGAUUGUGUGGAAUGCAAGUGUAUCAUUUGAAAUCUGGCCACUUCAUUUGCCAUAACAAAUAUUACGGAAGAGUUCUGACAGUGGAAGGCUUCAAGAGAGCGCUGCAGCAUUACCUACACAACGGGCAGAGAUUAUGCAGGGAAGUCAUACCGCCUCUGGUGAACAAACUUCACAAUAUAUGUGAAACGAUCAGGCAGUUGGAAACAUUCCGUUUUUACAGCUGCUCUCUAUUGGUGCUGUACGACGGCAAAGAUGUCCUGCAUUCCCCGCUGCGCGACACAAACGGAACAGAUAUUCCGACGGAGAACGAAAAUGCAAAUGUGAUCGCCGACAAGACAGAAGAGAACAGAAACACCGUCAAGUACAAGAGCAACGCGUCAAAGGAUUCACAAUCGGCCACGAUACAAGAGAAGAACGUCAAAGUGGACAUUCGACUGAUAGACUUUGCUCAUUCUACUCAUCACAAUAUGCCCGGUGUGACCGUUCGCCAUCGCGGACCGGACGAGGGCCUCAUCUUUGGCCUGGAAAAUCUGAUUGCCGAACUGAAAAGUAUAGAGAAAGAAUAUUGUCUAUGAUGACAAGUAAUUUAAGCUCGCCUUAGACAUAAAUAGCCAAGUACAUUUUAGGACAGUAAGUUAUUUGGAAUUAAACAGAAAGAUUAAUAAUGGCAGUAAGAAAAACAAAACAAAAAAAAAAAAAAAA